GGGCGUAUUCUGUUUUCGUAACCCAUCAUGCUCUUGAAACUCGCAUUAUCGGCGACUGCUACGCUGCUUUGCUUCGGUUUAUGGAAACUCGUGGAAGCAGUCAUACAACAGUUAAGGUCACCGCUGCGCAACUUGCGUGGUCCAAAGGGCACCAGCUGGCUUUACGGGAACCUGAAAGAUAUAUUCAAAUCUGAGAACUCGGUACUCCAUGAGCAAUGGAUCAAGGAAUACGGCAAUACACUCAGAUAUAAGGGUUUCUUUAACUCCAAUCGUCUCUUUACUAUGGACACUCGUGCUUUGAAUCACGUUCUUACACAUUCUUUGGACUAUCAAAAGCCAGAACAAGUAAGAUAUAAUCUGUCCCGUGUCCUUGGAGAAGGUGUUCUCUUCGUAGAGGGGGCACAACAUCGUCAACAGCGUCAUAUAAUGAAUCCCGCAUUUGGACCUGUUCAAAUUCGAGCACUGACAGACAUUUUCUACGACAAGGCAGAAAAGCUACGGGAUAUUUGGUACACUGAGGUUACUGCAGCUGAAGAGGGAAAACGUAAGCGGAUUGAUGUCUUGUCAUGGUUGGGCAGGAUGACCUUGGACGUUAUCGGACUGGCAGGCUUCAACUACAAUUUCGACGCUCUAAAUGCCAAUGAAAAACCAAAUGAGCUGAACCAGGCUUUCACCACUAUGUUCCAAGCCGGCCAACAAAUGGAUAUCCUUCGUUUCCUCCAGUCGCGCUUCUCUCUUCUUCGGUAUAUCCCUACUGAGCAUGGCAAGAAGAUUGAUAUUGCACAGAAAACAAUGAAUCGCAUUGGGCGUCAAUUGUUGCGUGAAAGUAAGGAAGCAGUGAUAGCUUCUCAGGGGGGUGAUAAAGGAGGUUUGAUCGAGAAGAGCAGUAUGAAAGGUCGUGAUUUACUAUCUCUCUUGGUCAAAGCAAAUAUGGCGACGGAUAUUCCCGAUAGCCAAAGAAUAUCCGACGAGGACGUAUUAGCUCAGGUCCCAACUUUCUUAGUCGCUGGACAUGAAACGACAAGCACCGCGACCACAUGGGCAUUGUUCGCUCUCACGCAGGCCCCUGAGGUCCAAACAAAGCUCCGAGAUGAGAUAUAUAGCGUAUCGUCCGACAGACCGUCCAUGGAUGAGCUGACUGCCCUACCGUAUCUUGAUUCUGUAGUGAAAGAAACUUUGCGUCUGCACGCACCCGUGCCAAAUACGGUGCGGAUCGCCAUGAAAGACGAUAUCUUGCCCUUAGACAAACCAUUUAUCGACAAAUACGGAAAUCAGCAAGAUGUAAUCAAAGUCAGCAAGGGUGAUUCGAUAUUUAUCCCUAUCUUGGCUAUAAACAGAUCCAAGGCCUUGUGGGGCGAAGAUGCUAUGGAAUUCAAACCCGAACGGUGGGAAGCAACUCCAGAAACCAUAAAGAGCAUACCAGGUGUAUGGGGUCAUCUCCUUUCUUUCUUGGGAGGCCCACGCGCUUGCAUUGGUUAUCGUUUCUCCCUGGUCGAGAUGAAAGUCCUGCUUUUCGUCCUGGUUCGAGCAUUUGAGUUUGAGUUGGCAGUGCCAGCGAGCGAUAUCGGCAAGAAGGCCACCAUUGUACAACGACCUAUCGUCAUCUCUGAACCCGAGAAGAAAAAUCAGCUACCUCUGUUUAUCACGCCUUGUCAGCGCCCUUGAAAAUAGUAGGUUAUGUGAUUGGUGAAAUCUAGUAUUGUUGCCUUACUUGUGUGCUUAAAUGGCAAAACGGCCCUGGUUAUUUAUUUAUGAAGAGUAGAAAGUCGUGUCAUCUUUACUAGUAGUGUUAUUACCGGUGUUGCUAGCAUGCUUAACUAGCAUAGAUAGUCCAGAUACUCUUACGCUUGAUUCAAUGGCAGGAGUCAAUGGUGUGCCCUU